ACCACAACAAAAAAACAAGAAAACAUCCAAUGCUUUGACUUUAAUGUAUAUUGGUUGGUUAGUAGUUCACUCACAGACAAGGGCAUUGCAAAGUACUCCCUCACUCUCACGUAAUUCUUUAGAUCCACGGGUAAUAAAGCCUACCCACUGCUACUGGGAUCAUCACUUGAACUUAAAAUCUACUGUCAUAUGACUAAUGACCUUACGGGAUGUGGAGGUGGUGGAUGGACGCUGGUCAUGAAAAUCGACGGCGAUAAGAUGAAUUUCCACUACGACUCCAUCCUCUGGAGCAACCAGGACACCUUCAACCCUGCAGGAGGACAGACGGGUUUUGACUUACAAGAAACCAAGACACCGACCUACUGGAAUACAUCCUUCUCCAAGAUCUGUCUUGGCAUGAAAAUCGGCCAGCAAAUCAAGUUCAUUGUUAUCAACAAGCAUGCCAACUCUUUGUACUCUCUGAUUGCUGACGGGCAGUACCAUGCCACCUCACUAGGUCGUGACACUUGGAAAGCACUUAUUGGUUCGGAAGCAUCCUUGCAAAGCUAUUGUAAUAUGGAAGGGUUUAACGCAGUCGGCAGCGACCCCGAACAUUCUAAAGCAAGAAUCGGUUGGAUAAGUAACAAUCAAAAUGAUUGUUCCUCUUGUGAUUCUAGAAUCGGGUUUGGUACUGGAGGUCACCCAGUUGACGCCAACACGUGUGGCAAUGAAGCAUCGUUCGGACCAGAUAAUGGAGACAAGCACAUUAAAGCCAUUGGAUACAUCUUGAUUCAGUGACAUUCGUAUGUAGCCUAUACGUAC